AUAUUUGAAUUGUAAAAUAAUGUCAAGAAGUAAAACAGUGUUCAAGAAGAAUACUCUUAAUUAGUUACAAUGAAGUAACAUAAAAAAAAAAAAUUGAAAUAUAUUUUAUCUGAGGCCACAUAUAGUAAUUGAUUCUUUGCUUAACUUAAUAAAAAAUGUUGCAGUAAAAAGACAUCUAAAAGGGAUGAAAAUAUUAUAAAGAAUUGCAUGUUGAUUGCAUCAAUCUGUUGAAAUGAUGCCAAGAAUUUUAACCAUUGAUAUCCUCAUAUGUAGGGAAGCAGCUGGUUGGUUCACCUAUAAGUAUAUAUAAGCAUAUAACGAGUCUAAUAACUUACAACAUUAUGCUUUGAAUCACAGUAUACUUAUAUAUUGUUAAGAUGAAUUGCUGGGGAAAAUGGAAGCUUGUUAUUGUCAUGCUGGUCAUUAACCUUGCAUUAGCUAUUGUAAAUGUUCUUCUUAAGAAGACUCUUGAUGGAGGAUUAAACGGUUUGGUAAUUGUUACUUAUCGACAGUCGGUUUCUGCUGUUUUCUUGACACCCAUUGCCUUCUUUUGGGAAAGCAAAAGCAGACCGGAGCUUACAACUCGAAUAUUAUGCCUCCUUUUCAUCAGUGCUCUUAUUGGGGUAACUUUCACACAAUACUUAUUUCUUCUUGGACUUCAAUACACCUCUGCUACAUAUUCCUGUGCAUUCGUCAACAUGGUGCCUGUCUACACUUUCCUAUUGGCUCUACCAUUUGGUCUAGAGAAAGUGAACAUAAAGAGAAAGGAUGGGAUAGCUAAAAUCCUGGGUGCCUUCAUAUGUAUUGGUGGAGCUGUAUCAUUGAUCUUAUACAAAGGAAUGCCACUAACCAACCAACAUUCAGAAUCCACACAUCAAAUGCAAAACCAUGCCAAUACAAUGGCUUCAUCAACAGCUAAAAUGACUGAGAGGUGGGCUGGUUCAGCGUUUUUGGCAUCAGGCUGCCUCUUGUGGUCUUCGUGGUUUCUCAUCCAAGCAAAGAUCGGCAAGAGCUACCCUUUUCAGUACUCUAGCACCGCGAUAUUGUCCUUCUUCGGCGCCAUUCAAUCCGCCAUCUUGUGCUUCAUAACCCAGAGGCACAUCAUCAUGUCAAUGUGGAUUCUCAAGGGGAAGUUGGAGAUCUUGAGUGUCGUAUAUGCUGGAGCAGUAGGAUCAGGGUUAUGCUAUGUAGGGAUGUCAAGGUGUGUGAAACAAAAGGGUGCACUCUUCACAGCAGCAUUUACCCCCGUCACCCAGAUAUUUGUGGCCAUGUUGGACUUCUCUUUCUUGCAUGAACAAAUUUACCUCGGAAGCAUGGUGGGAUCUGUUACUGUCAUAAUUGGCAUGUACAUUUUACUGUGGGGUAAAAGCAACGAUAAAAAGGAAAUGGUGAUCAAGCAGACACAAGCAGUUGACCAAGAUCCAGAAUCUGGUCCAACGCCACAAGGCAUGCCCCUUGAUGUAAACAGAUAACCCUUCUGAAAUGUUGAGAUUUUUAACUUUUUUCCGCACUGGUCGUAUCAAAUGUUGUAAGCACGGCUAACCAAUUGAAAUAAGAAGCAGAACUUUGC